UUCUCUUUCACCAGUUGCGUUGAGAGUAUCUCAAGAGUUAUUAAACUUUUUUUCGAAUUGUUUCAUUAUCAAAAUGACCGAUAAAGUAGAAUCACCAGCAGCGCCUGCAGUUGCAACUCCUAAAAAGGCUGCAGCUGCGAAGGCAAAAAAGCCCCGUGCUAAAGCCAGUCAUCCACCAGCAUCAGAGAUGGUUAAUGCAGCCAUCGCAUCUUUGAAGGAAAGAGGUGGCUCUUCCCUCCAAGCCAUCAAGAAAUACAUCGCUGCCACCUACAAAGUCGAUGUCGAGAAGCAAGCCCCUUUCAUCAGAAAGUAUUUGAAAGCUGCAGUUGCCAAUAAGGCCUUGAUCCAAACUAAAGGAAAAGGAGCUGCAGGAUCCUUCAAAUUGAACGUCACCAAGGCUGAAGGUAAAACUAAGCCCAAGGCUAAGACUCCUGCUGCUAAACCCAAAGCUGCUGCUCCUAAGGCUAAGAAAGCAGCUUCUCCGAAAAAGGCUGUGGCAGCCAAGACCAAGAAAGCUGUUGCCGAAAAAAAGAAGACCCCGAAAGUUGCGGCAAAACCACCAAAGGCAAAAUCCACCGCUGCCAAACCUAAAACCACUAAAGCUGCUCCAAAAAAGGCAAAAGCUUCCCCAAAGAAAGCUGCUGCACCAAAAGCAAAAAAGCCCGCGGCAAAGAAGGUUGCCAGGAAGUAAGAUGGUGAAAAUGUUAUUCUUGUCACAUUUUCAAAGCAUGAUUGUAAACAAACGGCCCUUUUCAGGGCCACCACUCGUUUUAUACGAAGGAAUUUCUUUUGAUCUGUAAAACAAUUUAUUCCUAUUUAAUUAUGUUACAACAGUUUCUGUUAGUUUUACGAUAAUAAAGAUCACAAUGCUUUAUAAUAAAAACUGAAUAUAGAAAUCAAGGCAUAUGAAAUAAGUAAUGGGUGAAAAUUUCCCAACUCGGCCACUUAAAACUGAAUUUUCAAAUUUAAAACAUUUUUUUUCAUAAUCUAUUGCAGGAAGCCGAAUUAAAAACAUUCCUA